UAAGCAAAUAACUAGAACAUUGACCAUUGAACAUCGACUAUUGAACAUUGACCAUAGACCAAAGGCACGGUCCGCGGCCUCAAAGACACAUAAAAUAACUUGGUUGGAACUUCACUUCAUUCUCCUCAUAAAUCCAACCAAGGCAGGCCAUAAAACACCCGCAAUUCAUUCCUAACCAAACUCCCCGCAAAAUUAUCAGUCACUUGUUAGAGAUGGGUUGUUUUUGUCUGUUUGGUUGUAAAUCCACACCGCCUCAUAAUACUACUUAUCUCCUACCCAUCCAAUCCACACAGCCUGCUAAUAAUAUGUAUCCUUCAUCCCCUGAUUGUUCACUGUCUGCAACAGUGGAUGAGAAUAGAGAUUAUGAGGGGGACAGCGAUUUGCUUUUGGUGGGCAUAGCGUGUAUCUCUGUUGCCUUUUUACUUAUCGUUAGUGUUUAUUAUUUAUAUGCCCGCUGCAAUGACAACCGACUGAGACAGAGAGAGGUGGAGCACCACGGUCUACGGAGGCUCAGGAUUUCACGCGUCCGGGAAUUUUCAAUGAGAGCGCCGGAAGAUAGCUUUGCGGCGUCGCCGAGAGAGGGGCUUCGCAGUUCUAUGGUGAAUGCCCUGCCGGUUUUUGUAUACCAACCGGAAAAUUUCACUGAUGGCUUACGCUGCGCCGUUUGCCUUUGUGAAUUCCAGGAGAAGGAGAAAGCCAGGCAGCUGCCCAGCUGCAAACAUAGUUUUCACGUGGAUUGUAUUGAUAUAUGGUUUUAUUCUCAUUCUACAUGCCCUCUUUGCAGGGCCAGAGUUGAUGCUCAGCCUGUGCAAAUGGAAAUGUCAGUUAUAGAAGAAGAGGAAGAAGAAGAAGAAGAAGAAGCAGCGGAUGACAAGGUGUCGAUGAGCAGUAGGAGUGGUUCUGAGGCAGAUGAGGGACAUAUUCAACGUAUUGAAAAGAAGAAUGGUGAUUGUUGUGAGGGAGAGGAGGAGAGUGGAGCGCAUACUGUCAUUGACAUGUCCACCACUGAAAACUAAGCUCCAUAUCUCGCAUCUAAGCCCUCCGCUACAUUAUAUCAGAUUGCAAUGAUAUACCAUUAGAGUCAUGUGAUUACGGAUUUUUAGCAGGGCUUUCUUGUGUGUUUCUAAAUAAAAAGGAU